UUCUGGAGACUUGGAAAUCUUUGGAAGCCAAGCAUUCCACAAUGAAGGGUUUUCUGGCUUUUCUCCUUGUAAUGGGCAUUGUGGUGACACUGAGUGAUGCAUACUGCUUUAGUGAAUUUUACAAGCCAUGGUACUCCAAAAAAGGCUGUUUAGUGGAUGGAAAGCUAUACCCUUUUGGAGAGAUUGAGAAGACAGAAAAUUGCCUCAGAUGCAGCUGCAGCCGAAAAGCAUUGCAUUGCUGCUCAAUUUUACCUAGUCGCUUCUCUUACGACAAAGACGCCUGCGAAGUCAUUUUAAACAUGGAAACUUGUGACUAUGACGUGGUACAGAAGAAAGACUCCUCAAAGAAGUGUUCUGGCUUUUCUGCCGUGGGCUAACUACUUACCUGCUCCAAAUUUCUCUGUGUUAUGAAAUUCCCUUCCUACAGAUACUUUGCUAUCAGAAAGAAGCUCAGAGGCAUGGGAGAUCUUUUAAAAGACAGUACAUCAGCAGCUUAAUUCUAAUCUCCUGAUUGUUCUAAUUCAGUAUGCAAGACGCAUAACCACAUACAUCUCAUUUGUCGUUACUUGCAUUGAUAUCACUGAGCUUUUUUGAGUACAAUAAAUCCAGAUGAAACAUC